AUGGAAUUAAGAGAAGUUCCUAACUCCCCCCCCCUCCGAGAGUGAACAAAACCAUUAGAAAAAUCGCUAUUUUUUGCCCAAAAAAUCCACCCUCCGUGAGUGAACAAAAAUUGUUUUAAUAGAAAAAUUUUUAAUGGAAAAAAAUUUUGAUAUAUAAAUGAUAAUUAGUAUAAUGAAAUAUAGAGCUAAUUCUGUUUAAUUUUAAACAAAUUGCGUUUUAAAAUAUAAAUUUUAUAGAUUAAAUUAAUAUUUGCUUUCCAAUUUUUGCAAAUUAGGAUUUUUUUAAAUUUCGAAAAACAAAAUUUUCUAUAAAAUUUAUAUAUAAUUUUUUUUUAAAAAACAAAUUAACCCCCCUCCGUGAGUGAACAAAAUUUUUUUGUUCACUCACGGAAGGGGGGAGUAAAGAAAAGUAAUUAUAAUGCCAGGUUCCAAAAAGAGCUCCACCUAAAAGCAGUCAAAGUGCCUUUAAAAGAAUGCAAUAAUUUAAAGCAAGACCACAGAUCACUGCUAUUAAAGAUUCAUAAACAAGAAAACACAAUCGCAUGCCCUGGUUCCAAAGACCACAAGUUAUUACUAUUAGAUCCUUCAAUAGCCGAAAUCCCUGAAACACUAAUAAACUACGAAAUUCUCCCACACACAAUUUUAUUAGGAUACGACCAUUUUUCUGCAGAAGAAGUUUUAACUCCCCCCCCCUUUAAAUUGGAACAAAAUAUCGGUAAAAUUUCCACGUUUUUGGUAAAUUAACCCCCCUUUAAAUUGGAACAAAAUUUAAUUUUAUAAUAAAAAAUUAUAUAUAAUUUUUAUCUAAAAAGUUUUGAUAUAAGCUAAAUGUUUCUUAACUAAAAUUAAAAAUUUAGUUAUAUCUUGCUCUUUUUUAAAGAAACAAAGUAUAAAGAGCAUCUUAUUUAAAUAAAUUUAUUAUCGUUAAUUGCUAAAUUUUAAAAAAAAUUUAUUUUUUUUUUUAAAAAAUUUCCAAAAAAAUUUUUGUUUUUGUUGAUAGAAACGAUAUUUUUUAUUUGGAUAGUUUUGAUAUAAAUUAAAUAGGAAUUCUUUAUAAAAUUUCAAAAUUUACUUAUUUCUUGCUUUAUUUUAAAGAAUAGAGUAUAAAUAACAUCUUAUUUAAACAAAAUUAGCACUUUGAUCGAUAAAUUUUCUAAAAUUUUUUUUUUUAUUUUUUUUUAUCAAAAAAAAAUAAUAAUUUUUGUGUAAAUAAUUUUGAUACCAAUUAAUAGUGGCGUAUUAACUAAUAAUGAAAAUUUAGUUAUAUCUUGCUUUUUUUUAAUGGAUAAAGAGUAAAUAGCAUUUUAUUAAACAAAUUUUAUAAUCUAACUCGAUAAGUUUUUGAAUUUUUUUUUUUUAAAUUUUUAUAUAUAAAAUUUUUUUUUAUAUAAAAAUUUUAUAUUGAUAUUUUUUUAAAAAAAAAAAAAUUAACUCCCCUUUAAAUUGGAACAAAAUUUUUAGUUCCAAUUAAAGGGGGGGGGGAGUAAGAGAAAUUCUUCCUAAUGGCACAGUGAUCCCAACAGGGUUUGAAACAAUUGGCCACAUUGCCCAUUAUAAUUUAAAGCCUGAACAUAUGCCAUAUCGAUAUAUAAUCGGACAGGUAACAAUAGACGUAAAAAAUAUAUAGAAAAGUCCUUCAAUAAAAACUGUUGUUACAAAAUUAAGCAAAAUCGAGUCAGUUUUCCGAACUUUUGAAAUGGAAGUUAUAGGAGGAGAAGACAAACUUGAUACAGAAGUUGUAAAUUUUAAUUAGAAAGAAGGGAACUGUAUAUUUAACUUCAAUUUCAGAGAUGUGUAUUGGAACUCAAAGCUGGCCUUUGAAAGAAUAAGGGUGGUUGGGACGUUAAAACCUAAUGAAAUUAUAUGUGACAUGUUUGCAGGAGUAGGACCUUUUGCAAUAAAAGCGGCAAAGUUAGGAUGCAGGGUAAUCGCAAAUGACUUAAAUCCCUCAUGCUAUGAAUGGCUUGUAAAAAAUUCAUUGAGAAAUAAAGUGGCUAAAAACCUGUCAGCUUAUAACAUGGACGCCAGAGAGUUUAUUAUACAGCUAUUAAAUACCCCAAGAGAAGAAGUUAAAUGUGAUGAUAUGUUGAGAGCUCCUCCUAUGCAGACACUCCCAAGCGUUUUUCAUCAUAUUUAUAUGAACUUACCUAUGGACGCUAUUGAAUUUCUUGAUGUAUUUAAAUGGAGAUUUAACCCUGAUGUAUGGAAAGAGCUGCCUGUUAUACAUGUUUAUGGGUUUUCUUCAGUUCCAAAUGGGAGUGAGCUUGUUGAUAGGAUUAAAGCAGCUUGGGGGGAUUUUGAUACAUCUAAUUUUAAACUGGUGACUGUUCGUGAUGUAUCGCCUAGAAAAUUCAUGUUUUGCGUGGAGUUUAGGAUUCCAGAAGAAAUAGCGUUUAACCCGAAAAGAGCAGGAGAUCAAAUUAGCCCUGAUCCUGAGAAGAAGCAUAAACAUAUUAAUUUAGCUUAG